ACUUGGCGGCGAAGGAAGGCAACGAGCAAUAAUAACCUAAUUCCUGAAAACAAUCCUGAGGUUAGAAAAUGCCCAGCGGAAGUGUUAAAAUGGCGUGAAGUUCGGUUUGAUUGAAUUCAAAUUCCACUGGACUCUAAAUGGGUUUGAAUUAUGGCUUUGAAGUCUGAAUCCGGAGGAGUCCCAUUUGCCCAGAUGAACGAAAUUGGCGCUAUGGCGGAGCAGCUGGCUGCUGCCGUCGAGCUCACGAUGAACCCGAACGCUUCGCAGGCCGAGCGUCUCGAGGCGUACAACGCCUGUGAGGUCUUCAAAGAGAAGAGCCCAUUCUGCAUCCAAUGCGGCCUCUACCUCGCCCAGAGGCCUCACUACUCCCAGUUCGUCAGGCACUUCGGCCUCCAGCUCAUGGAGCACUGCAUCAAGUACCGCUGGUAUAAUUUGAACCACGGAGAAAAAUUAUUUAUUAAGGAAAAUGCGAUGAAAUUGGUUGAAUGUGGUAUGGACUCCUUGUUGGAGGACGAGGCGCAUAUGAGGGAUGUCCUGUCGAGAGUUGUCGUCGAAAUGAUAAAAAGGGAAUGGCCUCAGCAAUGGGGAACUUUGCUAGCGGAAUUGAACGAAUGCAGUUCCAAGGGGUGCGUCCAGACCGAACUCGUACUCCACGUUUUACUGAGGCUUGUUGAAGACGUUGCUGUUCUUCAAAAUCUCGAAUCGAUACAAAGGCGAAAAGAUUUAUAUCAAGCGCUCACUUUGAACAUGGCAGACUUGUUCACUUUUUUUAGAGGCCUAAUAGAAAAACAUUACGAACUAUAUCAGAGUAAUUUGGGUAAUUUACCGGUUGCGAAUUCUCACGCCCGGGUGGUUCUGGUUGUUUUACUUACACUUAGUGGAUUUGUCGAAUGGGUAUCGAUGGUUCACAUAAUGGCAGAAGAAGGAAGACUGCUGCAGAUACUGUGCCUAUUAUUAAAUAACGAAAUUUUUCAAGACGGAGCAGCCGAAUGCCUUCUGCAGAUUGUUUCUAGAAAAGGAAAAGUAGAAGAAAGAAGGCCGCUUUUGAUAUUAUUUAGUGAAGAUGCUAUGAGGUGCAUAUUUCAAGCUGCCGAUACAUCAGUUCAUAAAAAUUAUCAGUUUCUUAAAAAACUCACUAGGGUAUUAACAAGUUUAGGUACUCAAUUGUGUUCAUUGUGGAGCAAGGAAACGGAACCGAGACCUCCAAAUUUUGAGAUGUACCUCGAGGCCAUAGUGACAUUUACAAGGCACAGUUCACUUUCUCUUGUAUACUACGCUAAUUCCUUGUGGAUAUCUCUUAUGAAGCACGAACAGAUCUCUAAAGACGACGUGUUUCUCAGUUUUGUUCCAAAAUGGGUUGAAGCUGCUGGGCCAAAAAUUUUAAAGGUCCGUUACCCAUCAUCAAAAUCAAAUGUUGAACCUAAUACCCCAGAAGCAUAUGCUGUAAUGGACUACGAUGCGGAAGAUGAGUUCAAUGGAUUUUUUCAUAGGUUUAGAGUUGAACUGGUGGACACUUUUAAACAAGCAACAUUAGUUUCCCCGCUUGUAACUUACUCGUAUGUUGAACGAUGGCUUGGCGCGCAAAUACAAAAAACGGUGACACAUGUAAAUACAGAAGUGUGCAGUCAAAAUUCACUAUCUUAUCUGGAAUGGGAUGCAUGUUCUGUGGCAUUAGAUGCUGUUCUGGGAAAACUUGUGAUGGCGAAGGAACGGCCUGAUGUUGCAAGCGGAUUAAGCCUCCUUGACCUUUGUAUAGCUUUAGAACCUACUGAUCCUCUAGUUCUCUCAGCGAUUUUGUCCUGUAUAUCUGCACUGUUUGUGUUCCUCAGUAUGGCACCUCCUGAAACUACUGCAUUUUAUCUGCCAAGAGUGCUCGACAAAAUUUUCGCUACUCUUGUCUUCACACUGCCUGGGGAGCCCAAAAAUCAAAGGUCGAGAGGCGUCAAAAAUCUACGAAGGCACGCAGCUUCAUUAAUGAUCAAAAUAGCGCAAAAAUAUCCCCUUUUGUUACUCCCUGUAUUUUCCCGGAUUCACAGCAUAGUCGCUAGCUUGCAGAGUAAACCCCAUACGCUAUCCACGAUGGAGGCGAUAUGUCUACAGGAAGCCCUAUUGUUAAUAAGCAACCAUUUAUGCGACUAUGAAAGGCAAUGCAAAUUCAUCGGUGAAGUCAUUACUCCAAUUUCUCAGCCUUGGCUUAGCCUGACAAAUUCAGCCUUCGUUUCAACAAGUGCUUUCAUGUCUUAUGUCGGAUUGGACAAACCACCUGUCGAACCCAGUACUGAUGACACAAAUGGACAAAAUCGUUCUCAGAUUAUGUGGUGUUUGGAUGUUAUGAUGGCUGUUGUGAAAAGGUGUAUGUGGCCGUCUGACCCAGAGCUCGCAGCCAGAGGUGGUUUUUUGGUCUGUACUACAGGAGUCGGAAAUCCGAUUUACCGAAACCCGGCGACUCCUCAUGUUUUGCCUCUUCUUCCCGGCCUUUUGGCGUUGUCAAAUGUCCUCAAUGGGCUUUCAACACCACCCGCAAUGGCUCAAAUAUCUGAAGGUUACAAAGGUGCUUAUUUAAUGCUUGAAGUGGAAAAGCAGAAUCUUUUAGGAAUCGGAUGCGGAUCAUCGGAUACGAUGGGGAGCGAUACAAAAGGCGAGACGACCCCCCUCCAAAGGAUGCAGAACUUUAUUUCCAGCGUCCAUGACGACGUUUCACACACACUGGCCAAUGCUUUCCAUUCUCUUGCACAUGAUAUUUACCAUGUGCAAAACCUUGCCUUAUCUCUGACAAAUUCUGUCCUUACUAAUUUAGAGUAUGUUCCAGAUUAUAGAUUACGGGUAUUGGUAAGGGUUUUCAUGAAAUCUUUGGUUACAAGUUGUCCAGUUACUUGCUACGAUUCAGUUCUUCUUCCUGUAUUAGCUCAUUUUACACCAUACAUGUACACUAGAUUAACUGCAAGAUGGCAACACUUAUCUGAAUUAAAUGAAAACGGAAGCUUAGACGAAGAAAAUAAAGAUACUCAGGAAAUGUUAGAGGACAUGUUAAACAGAACUUUGACUAGGGAGUAUUUAGAUGUGUUAAAAGUUUUACUCUACGGUGUUAUGGAAUCCGAAGAGACCGAGGUUAAACCACCGCAGCAGAGCGAAGCGAUUAGCGAACUGGGGGUCAAAGUUUUACAAUUCGACACGACCUGCCAUGCCGUCACGCUAUGCCUUCUCAGCGCGUUGUCCUGGGCCGACAGCACUGCGAGUCUGAAGAGCACAGGACUCGUAGGCGGAGUUAUAUCGUUUCUCGUCCAAAAUGGAAAAGUGGGGCCGGAGUUAGCGGCUCACACCAUUUCCGCUGUACUACUCGGUUUACAACAGCACGGACAACACGAUGCCAAUUUAGGUUCCUUACUUGUACUCGGUACCCUUUUGUACGGAAUCCUAAGACCAAUAGCACCAAAUAUUCCUCAGGUAAUGAAACAAAUACCGGAUGUGAGCGUCUUCGAUCUACAGAAACUUGAUGACAGGAUGAUGAAAGAGGUCCAGAAAGGAAAUAAAGUGGAUAAAGCCAAAAAAGAAAUGUUUAAAAAGGUCACAAGCCCUCUAAUUGGCCAAAACAUGGGGCAGCUGUUUCGGAAAAAAGUCGCGAUGCGGGAUUUGCCUAGGCUGGAUAACAACAAGCAGAAGCUGUGCUUGGAUCCUCUUGCUUCUAACGAGAACGGCCUGUCAAGCUUGUUCAGGAUGUAGCCAUUGUUGAUAAAUAGAAAAAUUCAUUUUGUACUAGUCCUUUGCACCCCUCGUCGAAUAUGUCCUGCGAUCGACAACGUGUUAAUUUUAUUGUUUUUGUUAUUGGAUUGUUAUUGCCAUUUUGUUUUAUUACUCCUGAGUAAGCUCAAAUUUUUCAUUCAUUUUUUCUUUACAGAACAAAUGCCCAAGCCAUACAUUCCACACUGGUUAUUUGCCUAGGACAAAAUGGCUACUACUUGUAAUAUUCCUUUUUAUUUUUCUAUCUAAAGACCUCUUUUUUGUUUUCAUUUUGACCUGUAAUAAGUUGUUUUUGAAAAAUAUUGUUGACUGAAUGAGAAGCAUUUAUUUUGAAGAUAAAUUACAAAUUAAAGUUUUUACUAGACUGUCUACUGUGGACCAUUAAUUUGAAUAAAUUGUGAUGUUAGUUAAUUUAUUGUGAUCCGAUCACAAAAUUUAUAUAAUACAUUGGAAAUGAAUAAUUAACUUCUUUCAGUCUUUUAUUUUUUAUUUUGCUCAUAAAUUUUGAUUUAAGAGCCAAAAUUUCUUUUGUUUUUAAUUAUCAUAAAAUAUUUUUAUUGUCCAGUAGAACAGAGGUACGUUCAUGGAAUAAAAAUGUAAUCAUUAUAUAUAUAUUUUAAUAUUUUUUCUUUUUGUAAAUAAGGAACAAAAUCUUUGUUCAGUGAUUUUAAAUUGUUAUAAAAAUUUAGUUUCAUUACGAUUGCGUGAAUUUUUGUAUAAUAAUAAAUUUUUUGUCUUUGUAAAUAAAAUGUGCGCGAACUAUCAGUAUGUUGAACAAACUUAAAAUUUUCCUUAUUUGAAGGAAAUCCAAGUGAUAUAAAUAUGGGGAAGAUUAAGGUUUAACUGAUAAUUGUCUACUUUGAUAUUCCUUGCCCGUGCAUACAGAAUAAAAUUGAAGUAAUAUAUA